GCCCCGGGUGACGGCGCUUCGUGUCCGGGAGGACGGCCCGGGGGUCAACGCUUCAGCCGCGCGUCGUGCUGGCGCUGUCGCGUACAGCAGGAGUAGUGCAGGGCUGCUGCCUGCCGCCGAGCAGCUUUGUGUGCCGUGGAGUUCUAAAGAAAGCAAAUGUCACAGUUCUAAAAAUCUUGGACUCAUUGGUCGCAGCUGGGCCAUGGUAUUUGCUGCUGGAGGCUUCAAAGUGAGACUUUAUGAUAUUGCACAACAACAACUAACAACUGCACUGGAAAACAUUCGCAAACAAAUGAAAGAGCUGGAGGAGUCAGGAUUCCUGAAAGGAACUUUGAGUGCAGAGAAGCAGUUGGCUCUCAUCAGCAUCUGCACGGACCUGAAGGCUGCAGUAGAGGGUGCUACUUUCAUUCAGGUAAGCAAAUGUUUGACAACUCCUAGCAAACAACGAAAGAUGAAAAACUGCUUGCUGUAGGUGGACAGUGAAGAG